UCCAGAGAGCUGCCCGAGGCCAAGUGGAAAGAUUUUUAAUUUGAAGAAUGGAGACCAGAUUGGAGCAAGCUAUGCAGAAAAGGCAAGUACUGUUUCUUUGUGUAUUUCUGGGAGCAUCUUGGGCUAGAGCCAAACAGCUUCAGUAUUUUGUGGCAGAGGAAACUGAUAAAGGCACUUUCCUGGGCAAUCUAGAGAAAGAUUUGGGGUUAGGGCUGAGGGAACUGUCAGCCCGUGAAGCUAGAAUUGUUUCUGACCAGAACACACAGUUUUUACUGCUCAGUCCGCUUACUGGAGAAUUAAUCCUAAACGAGAAGCUGGACCGAGAGGAACUGUGUGGCCCCACAGAGCCCUGUGUGCUGGCUUUCCAGGUGCUGUUGGAAAAACCAUUUCAGAUCUACAGCGCUGCACUCCAUGUCAAAGAUAUAAAUGAUAAUUCUCCAGUAUUUCUAGACAAAGAAAUCCUCUUGAGAAUAUCAGAAAGUACCACUCCAGGGGCGACGUUUCUCUUGGAAAGGGCACAGGACUCUGACGUGGGAAGGAACAGCCUGAGUAACUACACCAUCAGUCCCAACGCUAACUUCCACAUUCAAGUGCAUGAUGGAGGGGAGGGGGUUGUCUUUCCUGAGCUGGUGCUGGAUCAAAUGCUGGACCGGGAAGAAAUACCAGAGUUCACGUUAACUCUCACAGCCUUAGAUGGUGGAGCUCCGCCCAGAUCUGGGACCGCCCUGGUGAAAAUCCUGGUGUUAGAUAUAAAUGACAACUCCCCCGAAUUUGCGCAGUCGCUCUACAAAGUGCAGUCACCUGAAAACACCCCUGUUGGCUCCUUGGUGGUUGCUGUGUCUGCUAGGGAUUUAGACACGGGAAGUUAUGGACAAAUAGCGUACACAUUUUUUUAUGCCACUGAGAGAAUUCUCCAAACGUUUCAAAUCAAUUCUACAUCCGGCAGUCUUUAUCUUAAAGGUGAACUCAACUACGAAGCAAUCCAAACUUACUCAAUAACCAUUCAGGCCAAAGAUGGUGGAGGACUCUCUGGGAAAUGCACUGUGGUUGUAGAGGUAACAGAUGUAAACGAUAACCCACCCGAACUUCUCAUGUCAUCACUUACUAGCCCAAUUGCAGAAAAUUCGCCAGAAACAGUCGUUGCAGUUUUUAAGAUUAGAGACAGAGAUUCGGGAAACAACGGGAAAACCAUGUGCUCCAUUCCGCAUGAUCUCCCUUUCGUCCUGAAGCCAUCUGUGGAAAAUUUCUACACCCUGGUAACAGAGAAGCCUUUAGAUAGAGAAUCGAACACUGAGUACAACAUCACCAUCUCCGUCUCCGACAUGGGCUCACCCAGGCUCAAAACCCAGCACACCAUAACAGUGCAGGUGUCUGACAUCAACGACAACGCCCCCGCCUUCACCCAAUCCUCCUACGCCCUGUCUGUCCGCGAGAACAACAGCCCCGCCCUGCACAUAGGCACCAUCAGAGCCACAGACUCAGACUCUGGCUCCAACGCCCACAUCACCUACUCGCUGCUGCUGCCACAGGACCCGCAGCUGGACCUCAACUCUUUAGUCUCCAUCAACGCAGAUAAUGGGCAGUUGUUCGCGCUCAGGGCCCUGGACUAUGAGGCUCUAAAGUCCUUCGAGUUCCGCGUGGCCGCCAUAGACCAAGGCUCCCCUGCUCUCAGCAGCCAGGCGCUGGUGCGAGUCCUGGUGCUGGAUGACAAUGACAAUGCGCCCUUCGUGCUCUACCCUCCCUACCUGCCUCUGCCAGAGGUGGCGCGCGACCCCACUCAGGAUGACGAAGACAUGCUAACGCUGUACCUGGUCGUUGCCUUGGCAUCUGUGUCUUCUCUCUUCCUCUUGUCUGUGCUGUUGUUUGUGGGGAUAAGGCUGUGCAGGAGAGCCAGGGCGGCCUCUCUGGGUAGCUGUGCUGUGUCCGAGGGACACUUUCCUGGCCACCUGGUGGAUUUCAGUGGUGCAGGGACCAUGUCCCAGAACUACCAGUAUGAGGUGUGUCUGACUGGUAUGCCAGAUUCCAAGGAUUGUCAGCUCCUGAAGCCUGUGUUUCCUAGUCGUGAGAGGGCUAUGAAUUAA